CAAACGGAAUUAUCGAACGCAACGCAAAUACAUGAUCAUGAAGAGAUGAUUCUUUCUUCUUCUCCUCCUUCUUCUCGUUUCCACUGCCAAAAUCUGCACUGUUAUCUCAUCCCUGCACCUUGCACCUUGAUCCUCUUCCAUUAAUUUCUCCGUUUACGGUUUCCGUCAGCUUCCAUGACGUGUCAGUCAAUCCUUCGGCCAAGUUUCGGCGCUGGCUUGAACCCCACUUGAUCCGCAUAACGGCGCCGUCAAUUUCCCCGUUUUGAGAUUCCCCCGUCACUGUUAACGGAGACUGGACCACCACCACCACACUCACUCACACACUAUGAAAAUGCUAUCACCCAAUCCCAACCGUUGAACCCUCUCGUCAUUAUCACAUUUUUCGUCGUCUCCGUACUACACGCGCGCACUCUCUCUCUCUCUCUCUUACAUUCACAAAAACGCACAGCAUCAGCGAGAAAGAGAGAGAGAGCACCUACAACACCUGAAAAGCGAGCGAGGAGUGAGGUGUGGAAUUCGAAGGAGCACGUACUUGCAGAGAGAGAUUCAAUUCAAUUCACUGAUUGCGUAGUAGUCGUCAAUGGAGAUGGCACAGAACGGUGUCAGGACACGAGCUCAAGCCGCAUUAGCCAUGGAAGAAGAAGAAGAAGAAGCUACCAGUUCACCUGCACAAACACAAACACCAAAGAGAAGGAAGAUCAACAACAACACCACCACCAAACCAGAACGAGAAUUCCCUCACCACAAGGCUCAGACUCCGACGGCGGAACGGCCUACCUCCGAUGACUUACCGGCUGCCUCUUGCUGUUCCAGCAACGGAUCCGUCGGGAACGAUGAGAAAACGAACGAUCUGGAGGUUGAGAGCGCGCAAGUUGAAACGUCGACGCGCAAUUGCGGUGAACAACAAGAAGAAGAAGAAGAAGAAACUCACAGGAGAGAGAUGAGCCACUCGAGCAAGAACGGAGGAAAUUCUCAGGAGAUGGAGUCAAUGGAGGCCAAUUCUCACCGUCCUACAUCAACAGCAGCGAUCAGAAAGCCAACGGAAUUGGAGCUCGAUGAAUUCUUCUCCGCCCAUGAGAAAGACAUUCAGCAGCGUUUUCAAGACAAGUAUAAUUUUGAUAUCGUGAAGGAUGUGCCAUUGGAAGGACGCUACGAGUGGGUUCAGUUUAAGCCAUGAACGAUUUGCGUCCCUUUAGUUCUCACCAGCCACCGUAGAAGAAAGAAGCUAGGCAGUGAUCGAUUUGAACCUGCAACUUUGCUGACAUUGUUAUUAUUCUUAGUUCUUACCUUUAGUUUAGACAUUUUAGUUUUAAUUUUACCAGAACUAUGUUAUUUUGGUGUACAGCUUUUAGAUUUUUCUGUGUUGUGGUGGUUGAGGUGAUGAACAAGCUAGCUUUCAGCUUCGUUUGUUCUUUGUACUGAUUUAACGCAGAAGAAGCUAUAGCUUAAGCCUUACAGCUGUAGCUAAUUGUGCUGAAUUUCUGUAAGUUCUCUCCCUGAAGAACAAAACGAUUCGAUUGAUCCCUAGAAAAAGCGUUUCUGCAA